AUGGACGAUCAGCGCAGACUGCUGGCUUUUUUCCGGACUCCCCAGAUAAUCUUACACCGAAUAGAUCGCCAACGACAUAACGUUUAUAAGAAGCUAUGUGACCUGGAGAGGAGCUCCACUCUGGACCAGGAGGAGUUAGAACCUCUGCAGGGGAAACAAGAACAGGAAGAGCCAGAUGAUCAACAGAGAAAAGAAGAGCAGGAGGAUCUAAAACAUCAGCAGAAAAAAGUGGAAAAGAAAGACGUUUACUGCAGUCAGAGUGAAGAACAGGUUGCAUCAAAACAGGAGACUGAUACCUGCAUGGGGGCUACUGUUUAUGAGCAAACACAAGACUCUGAAUCAGAACCAAACGGGAACCAAGCAAACUUCCAGGAAGCUGCUGCAGCUGAGAAGAAAAACCAGGAAAGAAGCAAACCUUUCUCAUGUGUCAUCUGUGAAAAACGUUUCACUGCCAAAUAUGCUCUCAAUGAUCAUAUUAGAAUUCACACUGGUGAAAAGCCGUUUCCAUGUGGGAACUGUGGAAAAAGUUUUAGUCAAAAACAGGAUUUAACUCGGCACAUGAUGAUUCACACUGGUGAAAAGCCGUUUCCAUGUGGGAACUGUGGAAAAAGUUUUAGUCGAAAACAGAAUUUAACUGAGCACAUGAUGAUUCACACUGGUGAAAAGCCGUUUUCAUGUGGGAACUGUGGAAAAAGUUUUAGUCGAAAACAGAAUUUAACUGAGCACAUGAUGAUUCACACUGGUGAAAAGCCGUUUUCAUGUGGGAACUGUGGAAAAAGUUUUAGUCGAAAACAGAAUUUAACUCAGCACAUGAUGAUUCACACUGGUGAAAAGCCGUUUCUAUGUGGGAACUGUGGAAAAAGUUUUAGUCAAAAGCAUCAUUUAACUGAGCACAUGAUGAUUCACACUGGUGAAAAGCCGGUUUCAUGUGGGAACUGUGGACAAAGUUUUAGUCAAGAACAGAAUUUAACUCGGCACAUGAGGAUUCACACUGGUGAAAAGCCGUUUCUAUGUGGGAACUGUGGAAAAAGUUUUAGUCAUAAACAGGAUUUAACUCGGCACAUGAUGAUUCACACUGGUGAAAAGCCGUUUUCAUGUGGGAACUGUGGACAAAGUUUUAGUCAAAAACAGGAUUUAACUCAGCACAUGAUGAUUCACACUGGUGAAAAGCCGUUUUCAUGUGGGAACUGUGGACAAAGUUUUAGUCGAAAACAGAAUUUAACUCGGCACAUGAUGAUUCACACUGGUGAAAAGCCGUUUUCAUGUGGGAACUGUGGACAAAGUUUUAGUCGAAAACAGAAUUUAACUCAGCACAUGAUGAUUCACACUGGUGAAAAGCCGUUUUCAUGUGGGAACUGUGGACAAAGUUUUAGUCGAAAACAGAAUUUAACUCAGCACAUGAUGAUUCACACUGGUGAAAAGCCGUUUUCAUGUGGGAACUGUGGACAAAGUUUUAGUCGAAAGCUGAAUUUAACUCAGCACAUGAGGUGUCACACAGGU